AUGAGCCAAAAUCAAAAUUUACAUUCAAUGACAAAGCUAACCGAAUUUGUACGGGACUUUGAAGAGGAACCCGAUACAUUGUUUGGACGAUUUGUCAACAAAAUACAAAAUGCCUACAACCAAAGCUACAAUACUGUCAAUGAUUUGUCCAGUGUUCCACAGCAGACAUCUUCCACACCACAACAUACGGUCAAAAAAUCGGUGUUUUAUGCCGACGUUAAAUCAACGGACAACUCAGCUAUCACACGUGACAGUUCGUCGUCCAGUGUCAAUUCGACCACAAUAACAAAUGCAUCUUCUGUAAAUUCUAAUAACACAAACAAUGAAAGUUCCUCGGUGUCAACGGAUGAAAAUAACCCAACCGUCAAAUCUGAUGUGUUACCUGCAGAUGCCAGUGAAGGCCGCUCAAUGAUAAAUGUUCUUAAGCGAAUACGUACCAUGAUGGCUUCGAAAAAUAAUGAUUUACGAAACUAUAAAGAUACGGAUCUACAGCGUUUCUGGAUGCCCGAUUCCAAGGCAAAGGAAUGUUACGAUUGUACACAAAAGUUCUCAACGUUUAGGCGAAAACAUCACUGUCGCCUUUGCGGACAAAUUUUCUGUUCAAAAUGCUGCAAUCAAGUCGUUCCGGGAAAAAUAAUUAUGUGCUCAGGGGACUUAAAAGUUUGCAAUUAUUGUUCCAAAAUUGUUCUUAGCUACCUGCGUUCACCAAAUAUAACCAAAGACUUAAAUUCGGACCUGCAGGCAUUGCAACAGGAUUUGAGCAGCAAAUUAGAAACAAAUAGUGACAAUGAGCCAGCUAAACUUGCAGCCGAGCCCACCCGCUUGCAGUUACAAAGAAAAGUUUCAGUUGGCUAUCAAGAAGAACGUUUCGCUGCCCACCAACCGCCCAUCAGUUUGACUAUGGACGAUCGCAAACAUAUUUUGCAGCAAUCGAAUUCGUUAAUAACACUGCACGAAGAAAUGCGAAAGGUUUUGCCACCACAAAAUUGUGGAACGGAUCUGAUCGAUUUUCUCAACACCAAUCAUAAGUCUUCCAACAAAGUGCAGGCAAUUGCUAUACUAAAUGCCAUGUUAGAUGCAGGAUUUAUACAGGCAAUUGUACAUGACUCUGAAGAAACUGAAUUCGAUGAAAAUCUCCACUAUCGUUUUGUAAAUGAUCUCCCUAGGCAAGUAUUAGAGGGUUUUGUUGACAUUAAUCAACCCUUGGAAAGUGUACAUCCUCAGUAUGAACAAUUCGGCAUUGAGCCCCACCCACCAAAAUCAUUGGACGCUUCUUUUGGUGCAAUCGCAGUACGUGAUGCUGAUUUGGAUAAUGCAAUGCACACAACGGCUUCCAAACUACUAGAAUCCUACUGUGAACACGAAGAACAGCUUUUAACACAAAUGCUGCGCAGCUUCAAUUUAGAUUUGCAAUGGGCAAAUGUUCUUAACCCGCUUUGUUGCAGGGCUGCUAAUCAUUUUAAACCGGAAUACUGUACCAACGACUUAAUGGACAUUCGAAAUUAUGUGAACUUUAAAAAGGUACCCGGUGGCAAACGUCUGGAGAGUACAAUUGUAGGGGGUGUCGUCUUUUCCAAGAAUGUGGCCCACAAGGAUAUGGCUACUCGUGUGGAAUUACCGCAAAUUCUGUUGCUGCAGUGCCCCAUUGUGUAUGAACGCAUCGAGGGGAAGUUCGUUAGCAUUUCAACAGUUCUUCUCCAGGAAAAAGAGUACCUGAGAAAUGUUUGUGCGCGUAUCAUGAGUUUCAAGCCGAACGUCGUAUUGGUCCAUAAAAACGUGGCAGGUGUGGCACAAGAUAUUCUACGUUCAAACGGCAUCACAUUGGUUUUGGAUGUCAAGUUGUCGGUAAUGGAACGGUUAGCUCGCACUUUGCAAUGUGAUGUUCUCACCACAAUCGAGGGCAAUAUCGAACGUCCCAAACUGGGAAAAUGUGACGCAUUCUAUAUACGAAAUUACCACGAUGACAAUGGCGCCACAAAAACACUUAUGUUUUUCGAAAAGUUACAAAGUCCCAGAGGUUACACAUGUCUGCUGCGCGGAGGCAGUAAUAAGGAAUUGGCCAAGGUAAAAAAGAUAGCCUCCUUUUUGGUUUAUGCUCGUUAUAAUUGGCGUUUGGAAAUGUCGUUUCUUUUGGACGAGUUUGCAGAAGCAUUGGCACACAAGCCUCCAAUAUUUGAUUCCAAAGAAACCAGUCCUGCUGACGAGAAUGCAAACUUAACGCAAAAGAAAGUCAGUAGCAUAGUGGAAGAACAUCGCAAUGAUGUUGAAUGCGAGGAAGAGGAAGAAGAAGAAAUGCCUCAAUUGCGAUCAGCCAUCCCAAAGCGACCAGUAAUAGUGGAGCGUAAAUCAGAGGAAAAAAUCUUAACAACAUCAACAGAUGUUUCUGCAGAUUUUAGCGAUCCCUUAAGAUCUACAGACAACAAGAACAACCUAGAAGUGUCUCAAAAUUUACAAUUAGCCGUUGAACAUCGUUAUGAUAAUCGUUUUCGCAGUGCCCUGAGUUCAACUAUACUAUCUGUUAGUCCAUUUCUAUCACAUCCACUGCCGUAUUUGGAAACGGAGCAGGGGCGCAAAUGUUCUUUGCGUGCACUGUUUCCAGCUGAGUUGUAUUAUUCCAAAUUAUGGUCAGAUCCAAGUACAGCUAAUUCCAAUUCUUUUAAUAUGGAACGUUUGGAGAGUACAGAGAUAAUACCCACUGACGAAGAUCAGGUGGAAUUAAAUCCUCCCCAUGAAUUUCUCAAAAUGAAAAUCACCGCUCCUAUCGACAAUAAGGACAUACAAACCCUGCUGGCAGAGUUUAGAGCGUAUGGUGGAAGAUAUCCAAAACGAUCAAAGAUGUUCAAAUUUUUAAAGCCUCACAAAGAGAAAAAGUCACAAAAUAGUCAAAAAUCUAACGAUGGAAACAUUUACAAAGAUGCUCUGGACAUUGAAAAUCACCAAAGGUUGCCAGUAUUAUUCUGUAGUUUCAUUUUCAAUCCCAAAGGGGCUUCCUCUUUUUGCGCAACUCCAACUUUACUGGAUAUGAAAUUCUAUGGACAGCACGAUAUUAUGUUGGGACAAUUUUUGCAGCGCUACUGUUGUCGCCGUUCCUAUAUGUGCACACGCUGUAAUUUGCCAAUGCUAGGCCACACCAGACGUUAUGUCCAUUCAAUGGGUUGCGUCAAAGUUUUCCUCAGUGAGGAUAACACCAAUUCAGAUCCGAAUAAUAUUUACUUUACGGCAUGGUGUAAUAUAUGUAAUGCUGUUACUCCCAGUGUACCGCUGUCGGAGACUACUAAGUGUUUGUCUUUGGCCAAAUAUCUGGAAUUGCGUUUUCAUGGACAUGCAUAUCGCAAAAGGUCUACGGGUGAUGAAAAUUUCAAUGGUUCCUCAACCACCGCUUGUCAACAUUCUCUGCACCGAGACUAUAUUCAUCAGUUUACAUAUCGUGGAGUCGUUGCCAAAUUUCAAUACACUCCUAUUGAUACCUGGGAAAUAGCUCUGCCAUUUUUAACAAUAGACCUUCAUCCGCCAAAGAAUUUUAAUCGUUUUGAAGUGCUCGAGGAUGUAAAAAAUUUCUCCAUGAAAGGUCACGAUAUUUAUACAAGAAUACACGAGCGUAUAGCCGACUUAGCAACGGAAGACGAAAAUUCGCCACUAGUUUCCAGUCUCAAGGCUAUCCUGAGCAAGGACCAAUUUCUAUUUAAGCAAAAGGUAGAAAUAGUACAAACAUUGUUGACCGAAAAUAAGGCAAGUCCUUAUGAUAUUAACGACUCCCUGUUAAUGGCAAAACGGGUUCUUGCCGAAUGUAUUGAUCAAUGGGGUCCAAGAUUGCAUGAAAUGGUUGUAGCCCAGAAAAUUGCAUCGAAACAAGCACAAGAAUCAGGCCAUCAUACAAUCGAUGCCGGUACCAUUUGUACCGAAGAUUUGCGUUCAGAACAGGCAGAGUCUUCUUCUACUCCUAAGUGUGUAGGUCAGCAACAAGUUUCGGACCCACCCCGAUCGGCUGGAUUACUUAGUGGUGAUGAAUAUCAGGAAAGUAUACAAAACAAUGAGACACCAACAAGUGCUGAUAAAUCAGGCACAGAUACAUACUUCGUCAUGCCUCCAGUGCCAACAACAUCCAACUCAGGAAGCUCUGCGACGUCUGACAAGAAAACCAUUAAAAAAAUGUUAACGCAAUUGCUGCCAUCAACUGGCCCCGUAAACCUUUUGCAAUCUCCGUUUAGUCCAUUGGAACACUACACUUUACCCUUGGGUGCAUUUCCAAUGAUUGUCCACGAUCAUGAUUUCAGCUCGAUCAUAGCCUACUGUUUAACCUCGCUUGAAUACAAAAGAGCAUUGAGUGUACUUGCUACCCAACAGCAUUUUACAGAUACAACUUCUAUAUCCAGUAAUUCGGGAAUCAGUGCCAAUCCCAGCCCUCAUGUUAAACGAAAGUCUCAGGAAACAAAUCAUGAUAUUGAGGAUGUCUCAAAAGAAAACAAUACACCUCCACCUAAUGUUAACGCAGAGGAGGAAAGAGCAAAGUCAAAAUCAAGCAAUUCUCAUGUCGAAAUCACAUUCCAUGACAACCAGACUCAGUUCACGUGUAAAAUCUAUUUUGCCAAUGAAUUUGAUCAGAUGAGAGCUAAAACACUGAAAUCUCCGAAACUUGAUAAAUCGGUUUACAAAGAAAUUGAACGCAUCAAAAAUCGUGAAGAGUUGAAAGUCACACAAAGCAAAAAUGGUCCAGAGAUUGAAUUGGUCCGAAAACCUAGUGAUGUUGGUCAAUCCCACAGCACAGUGCCCGAAAUCAAAUGGGAAAGUAACAAAGAGGACAGCUCGAACUCUCAAAUGGAUCCAACUGAAGAAUGCCGUUGUUACUUUGCCCGGUCUUUGUGUGCCAGUGUCCAAUGGGAAGCUAAAGGUGGAAAAUCGGGUUCAAGAUUUUGUAAAACUUCCGAUGAUCGGUUUGUGCUUAAGGAAAUGAACAAAAGUGAUAUUAGCAUGUUUGAAAAUUUUGCUCCGAACUAUUUCGAUUAUUUAAGCAAAUGCCAGCAAAAGAAUCAGCCCACACUCUUGGCAAAAAUUUUUGGUGUAUUUAAAGUGACCAUUAAAAAGAAAGACUCUGUUGUCGAGAAGGCCUUGUUGGUUAUGGAAAAUCUCUUCUAUGAAUGUGAUAUUAAAAAUAAAUUUGACUUGAAGGGUUCUGAACGAAAUCGUCUAGUAGAUCCAAACAAUCAGCAACAAGGCGAUACUGUCCUCUUGGAUGAGAAUUUCGUUCAAAUGUCCUGGCUCAAACCGUUGUACAUUUUAACACACAGUAAAGUCGUUUUAAAGGACGCCAUUCAUCGCGAUGCUAGCUUCUUGGAAAAGAAUCAAGUAAUGGAUUAUUCGCUACUUGUUGGUCUCGAUGAUAAGAAUGGUGUCCUGGUAUUGGGCAUUAUAGAUUACAUACGGACUUUCACGUUUGACAAAAAGGUAGAAUCCUUUGUCAAGCAGACCGGAAUACUCGGUGGCAUGGGAAAACUACCCACGAUUAUACCACCAGAACGUUACAGGAUGCGGUUUGCUGAUGCCAUGGAUCGGUACUUCUACACUGUUCCAGAUCGCUGGGAGGGUCUUUCGAAAAUUUGAUAUUUAAACGUUUACUAAAUAUUUCUUGGUCUAACUUACAACAGAGAAUUGUACGUAACGCCACCCAUGUAAAAGCAUUGAUUUGAAUGUAAAAUAGAGCGGUAUUGUCAGUGUUAAUAAUAUAAAAAAAAUUCAAAAUAAUUAAACUAA